CUUUAAACUGAACUCUAUUAAAGUGUAAACCCUACUCCCGCGGAUCUCACUCCUUCCGAUCCGUUUUCGUACUCACUCAGAAAUGGCGAGUCGACUCUCUAUCGCUCUAGCAUUUGCCGCUCUGCUUUUCUUCUCCAACUCCGUUCUCUGCAAGGAAUCCAAGGCCAAAGACCUGGACGACGACGAUGAGGAUCUGAGCUUUCUCGAGGAAUCCGACGACAAGAGCGACGCCAAUCACGGCGGCCACAACCACUAUCCAGAUCCGGACAAUUUCGACGACGAAGGCGAUGACGACUUCGGGAAUUUCUCCGAUUUCGACGAGCCGGACGCCGAUCAGGAGGCCUACAAGGAGCCAGAAGUGGACGACAAGGACGUCGUCGUUUUGAAGGAGAGGAACUUCACCGGCGUGAUCGAGAACAACCAGUUCGUGAUGGUCGAGUUCUACGCGCCGUGGUGCGGUCACUGCCAGGCUCUGGCUCCCGAGUACGCCGCCGCGGCGACGGAGCUCAAGGGAGAGAAUGUCGUUUUGGCGAAAGUCGACGCCACGGAGGAGAACGAGUUGGCUCACGAGUACGAUGUCCAAGGCUAUCCGACUAUCUACUUCUUCGUCGAUGGCGUUCACAAGCCUUAUUCCGGUGCGAGGAACAAGGAGGCCAUAGUUACUUGGAUUAAGAAGAAGAUUGGACCUGGUAUCAACAACAUUACAACAACGGAGGACGCCGAACGCAUUUUGACUUCUGAAAGCAAAGUCGUUUUGGCUUACUUGAACUCUUUGGUGGGUUCGGAAAGUGAUGUACUUGCUUCUGCAUCACGACUUGAAGAUGAUGUCAACUUUUACCAAACAGUGAAUCCUGAUGUGGCAAAGCUUUUCCACAUUGAGCCUGAAGUGAAACGGCCCGCCUUGGUCCUACUUAAGGAGGAGCCUGAAAAAUUGAUCCACUUUGAUGGUAAAUUUGAUAAGUCGUCCAUAUCUGAGUUCGUGUUUGCCAAUAAGCUUCCUCUGGUUACCAUUUUCACGAGGGAAAACGCUCCUGCAGUUUUUGAAAGUACAAUUAAGAAACAGUUGCUGCUGUUUUCUACUAAAAACGAUACAGAGAAGGUUGUCCCAAUUUUUCAAGAGGCGGCAAAGUCUUUCAAGGGAAAGCUUAUUUUUGUUUACAUCGAAAUGGACAAUGAAGAUGUUGGGAAGCCAGUCUCAGAAUAUUUUGGUGUUAGUGGAGAUGCUCCGAAGGUUAUUGCGUACACUGGAAAUGAUGAUGGCAAGAAAUUUGUGCUUGAUGGAGAAGUGACCGUGGAUAAUAUUAAGGCUUUUGGGGAGGAUUUCUUGCAAGACAAGCUAAAGCCUUUCUUAAAGUCGGACCCCAUUCCUGAAACUAACGACGGUGAUGUAAAGAUAAUUGUUGGAAAUAAUUUUGAUGAGAUUGUUUUGGACGAAUCAAAGGAUGUGCUUCUGGAGAUUUAUGCACCUUGGUGUGGCCAUUGCCAAGCUCUGGAGCCAACAUACAACAAGCUUGCGAAACACCUACGGGGCAUUGAAUCUAUCGUUAUAGCCAAGAUGGAUGGAACCACAAAUGAGCACCCCAGGGCAAAGUCGGAUGGGUUUCCAACAAUUCUCUUCUUCCCUGCUGGAAACAAGAGCUUUGAUCCGAUUACCGUAGACACUGACCGUACGGUGGUAGCAUUUUACAAGUUUCUGAAGAAACAUGCAUCAAUCCCCUUCAAGCUCCAGAAACCGACUACAUCUCCGAAAUCUGAGAGUCCUGAUGCAAAAGAGACCUCGGAUGGUACUCAGAGCACUGAAACUAGCACUAAAGAUCUUAAGGAUGAGUUGUGAGGAGUUUAAUUUUUUUUCUUCUCCUGCUUUAUAGCAAGGAAUAUUUAUCAAUAGAUGACGAUAGGAUCAGACGGACUAGAAAAGGAAGAAAACAAACCCCUCUUCCUGGGAAAAAGGGACAAAAACGAUUAAAAAAAAGAAAGAAAGAGUGCAUCGAGUUAAAAGAGAGGUGUAUUAACGCAUUUAAGUUUUGAGUUUAUAUCCUGUAAUAGAGUUCUUUUGAGGAAUUAAUAAAGACUCCUUUCUACCUCUUGAUUCUUUGAGUGUUUAUGUGGACUUCUAUUUGCUUUUAACUGAUUUGUACACAGCAGGACAGUU